AUGGGUCAUAAACAGUCAAAACAUCCUGAAUUUCACCGAGAUCGCUUAAAGAAAGAAGGAUAUGUCACGAUCAUUUCACAUAAUAAAGAAAAAAGAAGAUGACUGGUACUUUCUGAUAGAAAAUUAUGUUAUUCGUUAUCGUUAGGAACUCCUCCAAAGAACUCGACCAUCCUUAACAAUAAAUUUAGAGUUAUUUCUGAAAAUAGCUCACCGAAUUCAAUUGAGUGCUAUUUGGUAAAUAAAAAAGGAAAAACUCAACAAUGAACAAUAAAAUGCGAGACAGUCCAGGAAUUCAGAGCUUGAAGCCUGAUAAUUAAGCAUGCACAGAGGCCUAACUGAGAUGACCCUAGGGGAGCUUUGAACUGUAAAGUUUGCAAUGGAAAAUUCUCAGCUAUGACUAGGCAGCAUCAUUGCAGAAAAUGUGGGCAAGCAGUUUGUAAGAAAGACUCAAAACUAAGAGAAACAAUUCCUGAAUUUGGAUAUGAUACAAGAGUAAGGGUAUGCAAAAUGUGUGCUGGAAAACAAAUUAAUGAGGUUUCGGAGACUCUCACCUAA